GCAAGUCAUACUGUUUCAGAGCUGUUUGGUUAAGACUUGUCAUGUGGGGUAGACAAAUCCACACCCCCUGCCUUCUUUUUUUUCUCUAAGUCUUCCAUUUCAGGCUGAGCUAAUCGAACUGUCUGGCUAACUUCUACGCCACUGUUGGAUUUAUGUUGCUUUCUUUCUCUUCACUUGUUUAUUGCUUCUUGUUUUUAGUUUGUGGAUCUUUGCAGGGUGUUUUAAACAAUUACAAGGGAUAGUCUUUAUCUGCAAAAAAAAAAAAAAAAAAAGGACUAAGAGAUCAGGCAGUCUGCAUCUUUUAUCUUCUUGAAAUGUCAGCAGAUAUACCUUAAAGUUGUGGGUUACUACCGUGAGUCAGGAGGAAAAGCUAUUGGUGAUGUACUCGUUCUGGACCUGAGGGAAGCCAGCUGGUGUUGAAGGAAGGGAGUGUGGCCCUAACCUUAUUCUGGAUCUGUGAGGAUUCUGAGGUUGUGAAAGUGUAUCGUUGCUUGGUGAAGGAAAGGAAGUGACACGAAGAUGAAGAAAUUAGGAUUAAAUGGACUGUUUUGCUUCUCAAUGACGGAAAGGACUAUUUUUCUUCUGGGUCUGCUUUUGGCAGUAACUUUGGCUCACUGGCCCCCUGGCGAUAGCAUACUGAUAGACAGGGAGCAGCUGGGAGUCGGUGGUGAGCUAGAGGCCUCCAUGCAUGUGCCUGUGGUGUUAGAGACAGAAGCACGGCCUUGUAGUGCAGCAUUGCCUGUGAUGGGUAUUCCCGAUCGCUCAGCUAUUGUGGGCCGUGUAUUACAAAUGACCAUCCCAUCCAACCGAUCUGAUGGCACUAAUGAAGUUACUGUGGUUACUGAAUCUGGAAAAGAGACUCUCCCUUCUUGGCUGCACUGGAAUACAAACAGCCGGACCCUAGAAGGCCUUCCACUAGACUCUGACAAAGGACUUCAUUACAUAUCACUAACUGUUAAUCAGCUGGGCAGUAAUGGAAAUCUUGUUCCCCAAACAACAGACGUGUUUUCUAUUGAGGUUCUACCAGAGGAAAGUGGGGAUGCACAAUUACCACGACUGACACAAGAUACAAAUGAUAUCACAUCCUUUCUUUGCAAAGAUGAAGAGCCAGUGACCAUCCUGACAGUAAUCCUGGAUGCUGACUUGACAAAAAUGACACCAAAGCAAAGAGUGGACCUUUUAAACAGAAUGAGAAAGUUUGCAGAAGUGGAGAUACAUAACAUGAAAUUGGUGCCUGUUGUUAAUAACAGACUUUUUGACAUGUCUGCAUUUAUGGCUGGUCCAGGUAAUGCCAAGAAAGUUGUAGAAAAUGGAGCUUUGCUGUCUUGGAAACUGGGCUGCUCAUUAGACCAAAAGACUGUUCCCAAUAUUAAUAACGUUGAAGUCCCAGCUAAAGAAGGAACAAUGUCAGCACAACUUGGUUACCCAGUUGUUGGCUGGCAUAUUGCCAAUAAAAAGCCACACCUUCCCAAGAGGAUAAGAAGACAAAUUAAUGCUACACCUACACCAUCAAUUAUUGUUUCCCCUCCAACUACUGCAACUUAUGAACCUCCAACUCGAAUUGUGCCCACACCCACAUCACCAGCUUAUGCUGCCCCAACUGAUACAGUAUCUCCUCCUGCAAGAGCUUUUGCACCAUUACCUGUGAAACCUACUAUUACAUUCAGAACUAAAGAUGCAUUUUCUCACACCCCAACACUUGGUCCUGUUCUGCCAACUAGAGUUGCAGAGACAACCAGCACUGCUCCAGUACACAUUCAACCAACCGUGACUAGACCUGGUUAUGUGGAACCUACAGCAAUGGUUACUCCUCCAAGCACUACUAAGAAACCUAGGGUAACUACUACCAAAUAUGGUAUAACGUCACCAACAACCUCAUCACCUACCACCACCAAGAAACCUAAGAAACCUAAAACUGGCCGACCUAAGCCUUCUAGCACCACCAAAGCACCAACCACCAAAUUCCAAAGCACCUCCUCACCCGCUGGGAGACGAACUACCACAAGCACAUGGGUUUCUACAAGACCUGUUUUUGUCCCUGAUCAGAACAAACCUCCUAUGCUCAGAAAUCCAAUUGAUCGUGUAGAUGCUUGGGUGGGCACUUACUUUGAAGUGAAAAUCCCAUCUGAUACAUUUUUUGAUCAUGAAGAUGGCACUACAGAUAAGCUGAGACUAACUUUGAAACUGAAAGAUAAGCAGUUGGUUCCAGAAAACUCUUGGGUACAGUUUAACAGUACCAGCCAGCUCUUGUACGGCAUGCCUGACCGGAAUCAUGUGGGAAAGCACGAGUACUUCAUGCAUGCCGCUGACAAGGAAAGUCUUCUUGCUGUUGAUGCUUUUGAAGUUCAUGUGCAUAAGCGUCCAAAUGGUGAAAAAAGCAGUGUGAAAUUUAAAGCAAGAUUCCUGGGUGAUCACAAUUCUGUUAUAAAUGAUAUUAAUAAGAAGAUUCUAUUGGUGAAGAAGUUAGCAUUGGCAUUUGGAGACAGAAACAGCAGCACAAUUACACUGGAAAACAUCACAAGGGGUUCUAUUGUGGUCGAGUGGAGCAACAAUACCCUUCCAGUGAACAUUUGCCCAUCUGUUGAGAUCAUUGCUUUGAGCAAAAGGAUUGCAGAUAAUCAAGGCAGACCAACAUCAACAUUCGUCAAUGCCCUGCAGCCAGAAUUCAAACCCCAGAAUAUUUCAGUUAUUGGUUCGGGCCCUUGUAAGAAUGAGGUGUUUAUUCCAACUAAUGGAGACCGUGGAAUAAUUUCUAUGCCAACUCCAACAGCAGCUACUGUUCCACCACCAGAAAGGACAAGUGAAGAUGAUGUCUACCUCCAUACUGUAAUACCAGCUGUGGUAGUAGCUGCUAUAUUGCUUAUUGCUGGUAUCAUAGCUAUGAUUUGUUAUCGCAAGAAAAGGAAAGGCAAACUUACCAUUGAAGACCAGGCUACAUUUAUCAAAAAGGGAGUGCCCAUUAUUUUUGCAGAUGAACUUGAUGACUCUAAACCUCCUCCAUCUUCUAGUAUGCCACUAAUAUUACAAGAGGAGAAGGCCCCACUUCCACCCCCAGAGUAUCCAAACCAGAACACACCAGAGACAACACCUUUAAAUCAGGACUUAUUAGGAGAGUAUAUACCACUGAGGGAUGAGGACCCCAAUGCACCUCCUUACCAGCCUCCCCCACCUUUCACAGCUCCUAUGGAAGGAAAAGGCUCCCGUCCCAAGAACAUGACCCCCUACAGGUCACCUCCUCCUUAUGUUCCACCCUAAUGAAUAAAGAAAGCAUUCAAGAGGAGGGUGUCUACAGUAUAUACUUCCACUCCAGUGUUGUCUGUUAGGGUGCUAGCCUGCAGUCAUGUCAUUAGGAGCCUCUAUUGGUGCUAGCAAAAGAAAUUGUAAAGCAUCUCUGGAGACUUCAUUGUCACCAUUAGUUUUUUACUUAUUGAUACUCUGGACUCUUGCUUAAAUACAACCUUUUCUGUUUCUUAGAACAUCUGUUACUUAUUUUGUUCCUAUAAAUGCAGGCUUCUGAACACUUGUUUAAAUAUGAAAAAUAUGAAAACAGACUGACAGGAAGCACUUGGGGUGGUGUUUCAAUUCUCUACUGUUUGCCUUUAACACUAAUCGUACUGUUUUUUCUAUUCACGUGUGUCUAGCAAAAAGGAGCAUAACAAAAAGGUAGCCUAAGAAAAAAAGUUAAAUAUAAAAGACUUUAUGAAGUCAGUUUUGCAUUUUUACAUUUAAUCUGCUGUAUACCUAAACUUGUACUUAUUUGUUUGAAAUGUUUUUGAUUUUAUUUGGCUGGGGGAGUGAUUUCUUUACCAAAAAUGAACUUGAGGUGUGUUUCAAAAUGAGGUCUGCCAAAAACCUUGCUGUUGGUCUAACCCAACUUUUUCAUUCAAUGCCUGACCUCUGAAUUUGUCUUUUUAAUAUAUGCCCCUUAUGAUAUACUGUUUGUUCACAAACCAGUGUAAAAUUGUCAUUCUGAAAACACAGUGGCCUGUCAGUUUAUUUUAUAGAAAAAAUAGUACAUUGUUUAAGACAGUUUGAAAGAGUUUAAUUGCUGAGAGGAGAAUGAAAAAAGUGAAAUCAAGUUCUUUUGUGUAGCAUAAUUGAUGAUGGUCUUUAUAGUUGAUCACAACUUUGAUUUGAUAAGAAACCAUUGUGUUUUAGAGGUUCUUGUCAUCUAGUAUAAGUAGGACUAGAAAAAGGUAUAAAAUGCAUUUGUGAUAGUGUGUUGCUGUAGGCUUUGAGAUGACUGAAAGUUGACAGUGGUUUAGCGAGUAAAUAUGAAAAAUGUGUUUUCUUUUACUGCACUUUCCUUACAGCAUAGCAUAAUGUGAAGAAACAUGUCUGGUAAUGUGUCUGCAGUUUCUAAACAGAUUAUCCAGUAAGGGCCACUGAAAAUGAUGUAUUACAAGCUCCAGGUCCAUAUGCAGAUGGAAUACAGCUCAAUUAGCCUGUCACUGUAGAAGCAAACUUGUAUGAUCAGGCACUGUUCAUUGCCUUGGGUUCUGAGCAGAAGGAAUUAGAAUGUUGCUAGGUGUUCUUGUGCCCCCAGCUCCUGAGAGUAGUGCAAGAACUGAAUGCCCCAAUUCUAGUGUUUCCCCCAUGUCCUAUAAAAGGCACAACGAUGUGUACUACAUUAGUCUGUUCUUUUCUGGUUGGUAAAGGACUCCGUACAAUUUAAGGUCUGUGCCAACACAAAUAUGGAUUAGAUACUAUGUUUUUCUUAGCUACUAUAUACAUUAUUUUGAAAGACUCCAUAAAGCUAUUUUUGGUAAAGUUUAAUAUUUGAUUUACGUAAUGCUUUUGGUUUUCUCACUUUAGGAGCUGCUGAGGUAAUUUAAAAGAAAAAAAAAAGAAAAAAAAAAUAUCUUUCAGUUUCACUUGUUAUCCCAGUCACAAAUUGUUCACCAUAAGUGACAUUUAAAGGCAUCUUGAAAUAGAAAUCAACAAAGUCAAGCUCACAUGGAAUGGUUAUUGAAUAUGAAAUUAAGAUCUAAUUUUUUAACUAAAUUUUUAUACAGCCUCAGUUGUUCUAUUAAAAUAAGAACUGCUUACAGUAAUGUGUAAAUGCUUGGCUUCCUGCUAUUGGUUUGGCAGGUUUCAGUUUUUUUUUGAUAUUUUUCUCAUUUUUCAUUCAUCAUUUAUCUAUUUUUUUUUUCUUAAAUUAAACUGGGUUUCUGGUUUCAUUUUAAACAUAAAAUCCGUAAGUGCCACAUCAUGUAGUUAGGGACAGGAAGAAGUUCCAUUGCUUUUCUGGUCUUAUUUUAAGCAUGAUUUUUUGAUUGAUUUGGUUUUCCUUUUGCUUUUGUUUGGAAUGGUAUGGGAUAGGGAAAAUUAGACAAAAUAAUUUUGCAAUAAUGUUGAAUGGCCCAGAUGGGGGUGGGCAGGCUCCAGUUCACUUUGCACACAACAUGGACUCCUUAAAGCCAUAUAAACUGUUUAUGUGUUGUACAGUAUGUGUGCUGGUGUACCCCCUUUCAUAUGGGGGGAUGACUGGGCAGUUAACUUGAAAUUCAUGUAUGCCAGGGUGGCAUUCACUUCUGCCUAUUUAGCCUUCCUUGACUUUUGGACACUGUUUUGCAUGAGGCCACUCUUUAAAGGCAACACAAUGAAUGUUGUGCAAAUUUUGAACCUAUUGAGAGUAUCUGAAAGUUACAGAUGCAUCCAUCCCUGUGUUGCAUUUUGUGAACCAGUUGGUACUAGUCUGUUUGUGGCUAAGCCUGAUUCUAUAUAAUUCACGUUGUGCUAUAAUUCCAGUAUUCACCAAGUCCUCCAUUUAUGGUGUUGUAAGCCACCUUUCUGAUGAGCUCAAGAUAACUAAUGCUAACUGCUUGAUACUUAGACCAGUGCUGCAUUCAGCUUCCACUCCAGGAGUUUUACAAGUAGUCUGCGUUUGUGGCUAUGGGAUGCUUUAAAGUGCUGCUGUGUUGAACCUGUAAGUGAUAUUUCCAUGCUGAAGCAGCUUUCUUUGACAGCGGUGCUAUUUGUUUUACUGUUGUCUAUAUUGAUAUGCUGUUAAUAGUCAAUGGAUGAUUUUACACUUUGAUAAGUAUCUUUGUAUAGUUGUCCACAUUUGCCAAGCUGAUCUGUUGCUGCAGAUUUAGUUUGCUUGGUGAAUUUUCCAUGCGUUAUGGUUAUUGACAGGAGUGUUAAUGUUGUAUAAGUUUGAAGUCAGAAGGGUGCAUAAGUAAUUGUACAUCAACAUAUUCAGAAAGGUAAUCAAAUACAACAUAUUUUCAAAUUUUAGACCAGUUUUGCAAACAUGUAUAAAGACAAAAUUAUAUUGUUAUGACAGUGAGGUAUUACUCUUUCAAUUCACCAAAAUAUAUUGUGCUGGACAAGCGUGGCCCUAAUCUGUAUGUUCUGUUGUCUUGGGUUUUGAUGCAUGGUGUUGUUUUUCAGCAGAAUACAUCAUUGAGAGGGAUGCAGAUUGUAACUUGUCAAGUCAUGUUUUUAAAAGUACCUUCCAUUUUAUAAAAUAAUGUUCAGGUCCAGUGCAGCCUUACUUUAAGGAAACCCUUUGAAAAUAACCAGUGCUUACGACAAACUGACAAGGGGUAAAAAACAAAAAAAGAGAGUAGCCUGCAAAAUCUUUGACAUUACUUUUUUGGUUCAUUACUUCCGGCUCAGACUUUUUUGGUUUACUACUACCAGCUCAGGAUACUGUGUUUUUUUUCCAUGUAUAGUUAGAAUAUGCUGGUUUAGUAUAGCAAUGAAAUGAAGAAGGUGGUUUGUUGUUCAUUUACAACAGUAAUAACAGGCCUCUGUUUAAAUCUAUAGAAGGACCAAACAAAUCUCUCAUCACAUGAAAUGUUUUAGGAAUCUAAGAGGGCUUGGAGCUGGAAGGGCCUGAGAAGUGGCUAACCUGUGCAUAAUAACCAAAAAAUACUCCAUACUGGCCUGGCCAUAAAGAAGUGAUAAAAAGGUCAGACUCAGACCUCUUCCCUGUUACCACAGUAACAAGGUGAAAGGGCAGUGAAUGAAUAACUGCAAAAAUAAUACUGCAUUUUUAACCAUUACUUUUUCCCACUUUUAUCGAUAUUUUGCCUUUUUAUUUAUGCCACUAGACACUGUAAUGUUGGGAAAAAUCUUGUAUUAAAAUGUGUUUUCACCAGC